UCUUACCGACAUCAGACAGCGAUGAUGUGGUAGAUUUGGAUGCUGCAUUUUCACCUGUGAAGGCCAACGCAAGCAUCCAGAAUGUCUGAAGCUGGGGAACCAGAAGCCCAGUCUGCCCCAGUUGCCCAGGCAAUUGCAGACAUUUCGACAUUUUCAGCCUAUGUCUCCCGACUUGUCGCCUCCCUGUUGGAAGAAGCCGAUUCGGCUUCCCCGGCUUUCAAGGCGGCUGUCGAGGACCCGACCAACCAGGAGAAAAUCCGAAAAUUCCUGAGUGAUUCUCAGGCACCGGCUUUGCUUGUUCAGAGAUCCUCAAGCAAAGAUGAAGAAGUAUCUGAGGCAGAGAGUGAGACUAGCCUCUCUUAUCUCAUAUCCACAGAUGUCCACUUUUCCAGCAGUAAAAUCACCAGCCUGGUGCUCAUUAAGCGUGGACAAGUGGUGGAAGCUGACAAAUCCAUGUCCUCGCAGGUGCGAGUGAUGAACUUCAGUGAUGGCUCUCCAUUUGAGACUCUCCAUUCAUAUGUUAGUAAUGCUGUGGCUCCUUUCUUCAAGUCCUACAUCAAGGAGACUGGCAAAGCAGAAAGAGAUGGAGAUAAAAUGGCACCCACCGUGGAGAAAAAGAUUGCCGAGUUAGAGUUAGGGCUGCUUCACCUGCAGCAGAACAUUGACAUCCCUGAGAUCACCCUGACCGUACAUCCAGCAGUGUCUGCCAUGAUCAAGAAGUGUGCAGAAGAAGGCCGAAAACCUAAUGUGGAGGAGUUCGGGGACAAAGUGGAGGAUGCCCAGUUCCUUAAUGCGCUACAGAGUGGAGUUAACAGAUGGAUUAGGGAAAUCCAGAAGGUGACAAAGCUAGACCGUGACCCAGGCUCAGGUACUGCCCUGCAGGAGAUCAGCUUUUGGCUGAACCUGGAGAGAGCCUUACUGAGGAUACAGGAGAAACGAGAGAGCCCUGAGAUCUCCUUAACACUGGACAUUCUCAGACUGGGCAAGAGGUUUCACGCCACUGUCAGUUUUGAUUCUGACACAGGUUUGAAGCAGGCCAUGGCCACAGUGAACAACUACAACCCUCUGAUGAAGGAUUUCCCACUCAAUGACCUGCUGUCUGCCACUGAGCUGGACAAGAUCAGACAGGCUGUCCAAGCCAUCUUCAGUCACCUUAGGAAAAUCCGCAACACCAAGUACCCCAUCCAGAGAGCUCUGCGUCUGGUAGAGGCCAUCUCCAGGGAUCUCAGCUCACAGCUGCUUAAGGUGCUGGGUACCCGUCGACUGAUGCAUAUUCCAUAUGAUGAGUUUGAGAAGGUGAUGUCUGCCUGCUUUGACGUGUUUGGGAUGUGGGACGAUGAGUAUGACCGUCUCCAGGGCUUGCUGAGAGACUUGCUGAAGAAGAAGAGGGAAGAGCACCUGAGGAUGGUGUGGAGGGUCAACCCUGCUCACAAGCGUCUCCAGGCCAGGCUGGAUCAGAUGAGGAAGUUCCGUCGUCAGCAUGAACAGCUACGCCAGGUGAUAGUGCGGGUGUUGCGCCCCACAACUUCCCCUGCCGGCCGUGCCGGUACUCCCUCAGCUGAUGAGCCUCAAAAGAAGUUAGAGCCUCUGGUGGAUGAAGCUGCUGAUGCCAAUGCCAUUGAGGAGGUGAACCUAGCCUACGAGAAUGUGAAGGUAGUGGAUGGGCUGGAUGUGAGUAAAGAAGGGACAGAUGCCUGGGAGGGAGCCAUCAAGAGAUAUGAAGAGCGGAUAGAUCGUGUUGAGACCCGAAUCACCGCCAGACUGCGUGACCAGUUAGGGAUUGCUCGCAAUGCCAAUGAGAUGUUUCGCAUAUUUUCCCGAUUCAAUGCACUCUUUGUGCGCCCACACAUCCGAGGAGCUAUCCGAGAAUACCAGACACAGCUAAUUCAGCGUGUGAAAGAUGACAUUGAGUCUCUGCAUGAGAAGUUCAAGGUCCAGUAUGCCCAGAGUAAGGCAUGUCGCAUGAGUCGAGUGAGAGAUCUGCCUCCAGUGUCCGGAUCCAUCAUAUGGGCUAGACAGAUUGAGCGACAGCUCACGGCGUACAUGAAGAGAGUGGAGGACGUGCUGGGUAAAGGCUGGGAAAACCAUGUGGAGGGACAGAAACUGAAGGCUGAUGGGGACAGCUUCCGUAUUAAACUCAACACCACUGACCUGUUUGAGGACUGGUCAAGAAAGGUCCAACAGAGGAACCUUGGUGUAACUGGCCGUAUUUUCAGCAUCCAGAGCCUCAAGUCACGACAAACUGGAAAGGGCUCGCUUCUUAAGCUCUGUGUGAAUUUCCAGCCCGAGAUCAUCACGUUGUCCAAGGAGGUGAGGAACAUGAAGUGGUUGGGUUUCCGUGUGCCUCUGGCGAUCGUGAACAAAGCUCACCAGGCCAAUCAGCUUUACCCUUUUGCCAUCUCCCUGUACGAGAGUGUUCGCACUUAUGAGCGUUGUCUGGAGAAGAUUGACGAGAGGCCAUCUAUUGUCCUGCUGGUGGCUGGCCUGAGGAAAGAAAUACAAACAUUGAUUGCUGAGGGAUCUGGAUUGGUGUGGGAGUCUUAUAAGCUGGAUCCAUAUGUACAGAGGCUGUCUGAAAAUGUGUCCAACUUCCAGGAAAAGCUGGACGAUCUUUUGACCAUGGAGGAGGAGAUUGACUUCGAGGUACGCUCCUUGGAGAACUGUCAGUACGUGUCCACGACGUUUAAGGAGAUCCUGGCCAAGAUACAGAGAGCUGUGGAUAAUCUCAACCUUCAUCAGUACUCUAACCUACCACAGUGGGUGGCCAAGCUAGACCAAGAGGUGGAGAAGAAAUUGGCGGGUCGUUUGGAAGCAGGACUGAAGGCCUGGAAUGAGUGUUUGAAGGGGAAACAGGAUGAGGGCAUAGACCACAGCAUGGAUACAGAUGCUCCCGCUCAGACCUCCCACAAACCAGGUGGUGAUCCUAAAAUUAAGGCUUUGAUCCAUGAACUGAGGAUCACUAACCAGGUGAUCUAUGUGCAGCCGUCUGUGGAGGACGCUCGUUUUAACAUCAUGCAGGAACUGUUUGCCUGGGAGGCCAUCAUCACCAGUCUGCCCCGCAUACAGCAUUCACGCUACCAGGUUGGGUUGGAUGUGGAGUCUGAGGCAGAGUCGACCUACAAGAGUGUGAUGACAAAACUUCCGGAUGGACAACAGACACUGGAGGACUGCUACGCUGUCAUACAGGACACCAUCUCGGAGAUGAAGGGAUACGUCAAUAUGUGGUUCAGAUACCAGUCACUGUGGGACCUAAACCCAGACGCUCUCUACAACAGACUGGGGGACAACCUGGGUGUCUGGAUGAGCACACUGGAGCAGAUCAAAGCCUCCAGAAAAACCUUUGACACAUCCGAAACCCAGAAAGAAAUUGGACCAGUUGUUAUCCAGUUUGGCAAGGUACAGUCUAAGGUGUCACUGAAGUACGACAGCUGGCACAAGGAAGUUCUGAGCAAAUUUGGAAGCCUGCUAAGCAAUGAGAUGAGCAGUUUCCAUACCAACGUCUCCAAAGCUCGCUCUGACCUGGAAUCGCAGUCCAUCGACACGGCUAACACAUCUGAAGCUGUAGGCCUGAUCACACAUGUACAAUCCCUGAAGAGGAAGAUGAAACUCUGGGAGAAACAAGUUGGGAUGUACAAGGAGGGUCAGAGAAUCCUUGAAAGACAGAGGUUUCAGUUCCCAACAAACUGGCUGUACAGUGACAACAUUGAGGGCGAGUGGGGAGCGUUCAACGACAUCAUCAAGCGUAAAGAUUCCUCCAUACAGACCCAGGUGGCAAGCCUGCAGAUGAAGAUUGUGUCUGAAGACAAGGUGGUAGAAUCCAAGACCUCUGAUGUCCUGUCAGAUUGGGAGAAAGACAAACCUGUGGCUGGUGAGUUGAAACCAGAUGAGGCCAUCAAGAACCUUGCCAUAUUUGAGGGCAAAUUUGGCCGCUUGAAGGAGGAGAGGGACAAUGUGGCUAAGGCCAAGGAGGCUCUGGAGCUGGCUGAACCAGGUCAGGUGAGCCCUAGUGAAGAGCGUGUGCUGGUAGCCCUGGAGGAGUUACAGGACCUGAAAGGGGUGUGGUCAGAGCUGGCCAAGAUCUGGGAACAGAUUGAGGAGAUGAAGGAAAAACCAUGGCUCUCCGUCGCUCCACGGAAGUUGAGACAAUCCCUGGACAAUCUCCUGAGCCAGAUGAAGGAGCUGCCAGCCCGACUGAGAGCCUACUCCUCAUAUGAACACGUUAAGAAGACCUUGAUGGCAUAUGCCAAGGUGAAUGUGAUGAUCGUGGAGCUGAAGUCUGAGGCACUCAAGGAGCGUCACUGGAAGCAGCUGAUGAAGAGGCUUGGGGUCAAGUGGGUGUUGUCUGAGCUGACCCUAGGGCAUGUGUGGGAUGUGGAUCUGCAGAAGAACGAGAUGACCAUUAAGGAUGUGAUCAUGGUGGCUCAGGGAGAGAUGGCCCUGGAAGAGUUUCUUAAACAAGUGAGUGAGGUGUGGAAGACAUACGAACUGGAGCUGAUCAACUACCAGAACAAGUGUAAACUGAUUCGAGGCUGGGAUGACCUCUUUAACAAGGUCAAGGAACACAUCAACAGCGUGUCAGCCAUGAAACUCUCACCAUACUUCAAGCAAUUUGAAGAGGAGGCCCUGGCAUGGGAGGACAAGCUGAACCGUAUCAAUGCCCUGUUUGAUGUGUGGAUAGAUGUACAGAGACGCUGGGUCUACCUGGAGGGCAUCUUCACUGGUAGUGCUGACAUCAAGCACCUGCUGCCUGUAGAGACAUCCAGAUUCCAGAGUGUGAGCACGGAGUUCCUGGGUCUGAUGAAGAAGGUGGCUAAGACACCUCUGGUGACAGACGUUCUCAAUGUCCCCAAUGUACAGAGGCAGCUGGAGAGGCUGGCUGAUUUGCUGGGCAAAAUUCAGAAGGCUUUGGGAGAGUACCUGGAGAGAGAAAGGGCAUCUUUCCCAAGAUUCUACUUUGUCGGUGAUGAGGAUCUGUUGGAAAUUAUUGGGAACAGCAAGAAUGUGGGCCGGUUACAGAAGCAUUUCAAGAAAAUGUUUGCUGGCGUGUCAACGAUAAUACUUAAUGAUGACAAUUCUCAGGUGACAGGCCUAAUGUCUAAGGAAGGGGAAGAGGUGACAUUCGCCACCCCAGUGUCUAUUGUUCACAACCCUAAGAUCAAUGAGUGGUUGUCACUGGUGGAGAAAGAGAUGAGAGUAACACUGGCCAAACUUCUGGCUCAGUCUGUACAAGACAUGGCAGCCUUCAGGUCAGGAAACGUAGACCCACUGAAGUACAUAGGCUGGGUGGACAAGUACCAGGCCCAGUUGGUGGUGUUGGCCUCCCAGAUCUCCUGGUCAGAGGCAGUGGAUGGAGCUCUCACAAACAUAGCUAACAAACCAGCUGACAUGAGCCCUAUUGCCUCGGUGCUGUCCAGUGUGGAGUCCACCCUCAAUGUGCUGGCUGACUCUGUGCUCCAUGAACAGCCCCCAGUACGCAGGAGAAAACUUGAACAUCUGAUCACAGAGCUUGUGCAUCAGAGGGACACCACGAGAAUGCUGAUCCGCAACAAAGUGAACAAUCCCAAGAACUUUGAUUGGCUGUGUCAGAUGAGGUUUUACUUUGAUCCCAAGAAUUCUGAUGUCCUUCAGCAGCUGUCUAUCCAGAUGGCCAAUGCCAAGUUUAACUAUGGCUUUGAGUACCUCGGCGUUCAGGACAAGCUUGUACAGACACCACUGACUGACCGCUGUUACCUGACCAUGACACAAGCCCUGGAGGGAAGACUGGGAGGCUCACCCUUUGGACCUGCUGGUACUGGCAAGACCGAAUCUGUCAAAGCUCUGGGUCACCAGCUGGGGCGCUUUGUGCUGGUGUUCAACUGUGACGAGACGUUUGACUUCCAGGCCAUGGGCCGCAUCUUUGUGGGUUUGUGUCAAGUGGGAGCCUGGGGCUGCUUUGAUGAGUUCAAUCGUCUGGAGGAGAGGAUGUUGUCUGCUGUAUCACAGCAGAUACAAACCAUUCAGGAGGCCCUCAAAAACCUGGCCAAUGUCGCUAACAAAGGGAAACCCAUCACUGUAGAGCUGAUCAAUAAACAGGUGAAGGUUAACCCAGACAUGGCUGUCUUCAUCACCAUGAACCCUGGCUACGCUGGCCGUUCUAACCUGCCUGAUAACCUCAAGAAGCUGUUCAGAAGCCUGGCAAUGACCAAGCCUGAUCGUCAGCUCAUCGCACAGGUCAUGUUGUACUCGCAGGGAUUCAGGAGUGCUGAGAAACUCGCCAGCAAGAUUGUCCCAUUCUUUAAGCUGUGUGACGAACAGUUGUCUCCCCAGUCUCACUACGACUUUGGUCUGAGAGCCUUGAAGAGUGUACUCAUCAGUGCUGGUAAUGUCAAGAGAGAUCGGAUAAUGAAAGUGAAACAAACCCUGAAGGAGAGCGGAGAGAAGACUGACGAGGCGACCAUUGCUGAGAACUUGCCAGAACAGGAGAUUUUGAUCCAGUCAGUGAUGGAGACCAUGGUGCCUAAACUGGUGGCUGAGGAUAUCCCCCUGUUGAACAGUCUCCUGUCAGAUGUGUUCCCAGGUGUCCUGUACAACCCAGCUGAGAUGACAGCACUCAGGAAAGAGAUUGCCAAAGUCUGCAAGGAGAUGCACCUCUGCUACGGAGAAGGGGAUGAGCAAGGCACUCAAUGGGUUGAAAAGGUGUUACAGCUGUUCCAGAUCACCCAGCUGCACCACGGCCUAAUGAUGGUGGGCCCUAGCGGAAGUGGCAAGUCCACAGCCUGGCGGGUGCUGCUGAAGGCUCUGGAGAGACUGGAGGGGACAGAGGGUGUCUCCCAUGUCAUUGAUCCUAAAUCCAUCUCCAAAGAUGCUCUGUACGGUAACAUGGACCCCAAUACCAGGGAAUGGACAGAUGGUCUCUUCACACACAUACUCAGAAAGAUUAUUGACAAUGUGAGAGGAGAGCUGCAGAAGAGACAGUGGAUCAUCUUUGACGGAGAUGUGGACCCAGAGUGGGUGGAGAAUCUCAACUCUGUCCUGGAUGAUAACAAACUGCUGACACUGCCCAAUGGGGAGAGAUUGGGAAUACCACCAAAUGUAAGGAUAAUGUUUGAGGUGCAGGACCUCCAGUACGCCACACUGGCCACUGUCAGUCGCUGUGGUAUGGUCUGGUUUAGUGAGGAUGUCCUCUCCACAGAGAUGAUAUUUGAAAACUACCUCCAGUUACUGAAGAACGCUCCUUUAGAGGAGGAUGAGGACUCCUGGAGGUCAUUUGGUACCGGGAAGCAAGGUGAACAGGAGGAAACUGUGUCCCCAACUUUACAGGUACAGAGAGAUGUGGCUGGUAUUUUGACCCCUCACUUUGGCUCAGAUGGCCUGAUCAUCCGCUGUCUGGAAUAUGCAGUCACUCUGGAGCAUGUGAUGGACUUCACCCGUCUGCGAGCCCUGGUGUCACUGUUCUCCAUGUUGAACCAGGGAGUGCGCAAUAUCCUCACCUACAACCACAACCACGCAGACUUCCCCAUGCCACCAGAGCAGCUGGAGCAUUACAUCACCAAGUACCUGAUCCACAGCCUUGUCUGGAGUAUGUCUGGUGAUGGAAAACUGAAGAUCCGACAGGACAUGGGAGACUUCAUACGAGGAAUCACCACCAUCCCUAUGCCCAGUGCUACCAAUGUCCCCAUCAUUGACUAUGAGCCAACCAUAACUGGAGAAUGGCAGCCAUGGCAAAGCCGAGUUCCCCAAGUGGAGGUGGAGACUCACAAAGUUGCCUCCCCUGAUGUGGUUAUCCCAACCAUAGACACAGUGCGCCAUGAAGCUCUGUUGUACACCUGGCUUGCAGAACACAAGCCCCUGGUCCUGUGUGGCCCUCCAGGCUCAGGGAAGACCAUGACCUUGUUCAGUGCCCUUAGGGCCCUGCCAGAUAUGGAGGUGGUAGGUCUGAACUUCUCCAGUGCCACAACCCCAGAGCUGCUGCUCAAAACGUUUGAUCAUUAUUGUGAAUACCGCCGCACCCCUAAUGGCACAGUGUUGGCCCCUGUCCAGCUUAACAAGUGGCUCGUCCUCUUCUGCGACGAAAUCAAUCUGCCAGACAUGGACAAAUAUGGUACACAACGAGUGAUCUCAUUCCUGCGCCAGAUGAUGGAACACGGAGGAUUUUAUCGUACCUCCGACCAGACCUGGGUCAAAUUUGAGAGAAUCCAGUUUGUGGGAGCAUGUAACCCCCCAACAGACCCAGGCAGAAAACCUCUCUCACACAGGUUCCUGCGUCAUGUGCCUGUGGUGUAUGUGGACUACCCAGGGGAGGUCUCCCUCAAGAUGAUCUAUGGCACGUUUAACAGAGCCAUGCUAAGACUUGUCCCCAGCCUGAGGACAUAUGCGGAUCCACUCACCAAUGCCAUGGUGGAGUUUUAUCUCAUGUCACAGGAGCGCUUUACCCAGGACAUGCAGCCUCACUACAUCUACAGCCCACGUGAGAUGACGCGCUGGGUGAGAGGAAUCUGUGAGGCACUGCGACCCCUGGAGAGCCUUUCUGUAGAGGGUCUGGUGAGAAUCUGGGCUCAUGAGGCUCUCCGUCUCUUCCAAGACAGGCUUGUGGAGGAUGAGGAGCGACGGUGGACAGACAAGAACAUUGACUUGGUGGCUCAUAAACACUUCACUAACCUGAACAGUGCUGAUGCCCUCACCAGGCCUAUCCUCUUCAGUAACUGGCUGUCUAAAGACUACGUCCCUGUGGACAGAGAGGAACUCCGGGAUUAUGUCAAAGCGAGGCUGAAGGUGUUUUAUGAAGAGGAGCUGGAUGUGCCCCUUGUCCUGUUUGACGAGGUCUUGGAUCACGUCCUGAGGAUUGACCGAAUUUUCCGUCAACCUCAGGGUCACGUCCUGCUGAUCGGAGUCAGUGGAGCAGGGAAGACAACCCUGUCACGUUUUGUUGCAUGGAUGAACGGGCUGUCUGUCGUACAGAUCAAAGUGCACAAUAAAUACACAGCUAACGACUUUGAUGAGGACUUGAGAAAUGUGCUCAGAAGGGCUGGCUGCAAGGGAGAGAAGAUAGCAUUCAUCAUGGAUGAGUCGAACGUGCUGGACUCCAGCUUCCUGGAGCGUAUGAACACCCUGCUGGCUAAUGGUGAGGUGCCCGGCCUGUUUGAGGGGGAUGAGUACACCACGCUGAUGACCCAAUGUAAGGAAGGUUCCCAGAGGGAGGGGCUCAUGCUGGACUCUGGGGAGGAGCUCUACAAGUGGUUCACGCAGGAGGUGAUGAAAAAUCUGCAUGUUGUGUUCACAAUGAACCCAUCAUCAGAAGGACUGAAGGACCGUGCUGCCACCUCACCUGCUCUCUUCAACAGGUGUGUACUGAACUGGUUUGGAGACUGGUCCACUGGAGCUUUGUAUCAAGUGGGUCGAGAAUUCACCUGCAAGAUUGAUCUGGAGAGACCCAAUUAUGUUGCCCCAGACUACUUGCCCGUGGCUCAUGACGACAUGCCCAACAACCCCACCCACAGGGAUGUGGUGAUCAACGCGUUUGUGUAUGUCCACCAGACCCUGCACCAGGCCAACAGUCGUGUGGCUAAGAGGGGAGGCAGGACCAUGGCCAUCACACCUAGGCAUUACCUGGACUUCAUCAAUCACUUCGCCAAGCUGUACCAUGAGAAGCGGUCAGACCUGGAGGAACAGCAGCUCCAUCUGAACGUGGGUCUGCAGAAGAUCCACGAGACUGUGGAACAGGUGGAGGAGCUGCAGAAGUCCCUGUCUGUGAAGAGGAUAGAGCUGGAGGAGAAGAACACAGCAGCCAAUGCUAAACUCAAACAGAUGGUUAAAGACCAGCAAGAGGCUGAGAGGAAGAAGGUGACCUCCCAGGAGAUUCAAGUGGCCUUGACAGAGCAGACCAAGGUGAUAGCUGAGAAACAGAACUCUGUGAGAGAGGACUUGGCUGGGGUGGAACCUGCUGUUAUUGAGGCACAGAAUGCGGUGAAGUCAAUUAAGAAACAGCAUUUGGUGGAAGUGAAGUCCUUGGCUAACCCACCCACUGCUGUUAAGGUGGCUAUUGAGUCUAUCUGUGUGUUACUGGGAGAGUCUGACUUGGACUGGAAGUCCCUCAGGGGCACCAUUAUGAGGGACAACUUCAUCUCCACCAUUGUCAAUUUUAAGACUGAUGAUGUGACUGAUGAAAUUCGUCAGAAGAUGAAGAACAAGUACCUGAGUAACCCAGACUAUAACUACGAGAAGGUGAACAGGGCCAGUUUAGCCUGUGGACCUAUGGUCAAGUGGGCUAUUGCUCAGAUUAACUACGCUGAGAUGCUGAAGAGGAUUGAGCCGCUGAGGAAUGAGCUGGCUGCCCUGGAGAACCAGGCCAAGGAGAACCGCAUGAAGAACGAUGAGGUGAACAAGGUGGUCAGUGAGCUGGAGAAGAGCAUCGCCAAGUAUAAGGAGGAGUAUGCCGUGCUCAUCAGUCAGGCCCAGGCCAUCAAGGCUGAUCUGGCCGCAGUUGAGGGCAAAGUGGAGCGCAGUGUAGCCUUACUGCAGAGUCUGGGUAAUGAGAAACAGAGAUGGGAAGCUGGCAGUGAGACCUUCAAAAACCAAAUGUCCACCAUCAUCGGAGAUGUCCUUCUGUCUUCUGCUUUCAUGUCUUACGCAGGUUACUUUGACCAACAGAUGAGGCAGAAUCUAUUCGGGACCUGGUCCUCGCAUAUGCAGCAGGCUAACAUCUUGUUCAGGACAGACAUUGCUCGGGUUGAGUACCUGUCUAAUGCUGACGAGAGACUGAGAUGGCAGGCUAACUCUUUACCCACGGACGACCUGUGUACAGAGAACGCCAUCAUGCUGAAGAGGUUCAACCGCUACCCUCUCAUCAUUGACCCCUCCGGUCAGGCCACAGAGUUCAUCCUCAACGAGUACAAGGACAAGAAGAUCUCCAAAACAAGUUUCUUGGACGAUGCAUUCAGAAAGAAUCUGGAGAGCGCCCUGCGAUUUGGUAACCCACUGUUGGUUCAGGAUGUGGAGAGCUAUGACCCAAUCCUGAACCCUGUCCUGAACCGAGAGUUGCGUCGAACUGGAGGUCGUGUCCUCAUCACCCUGGGUGACCAGGAUAUUGACUUGUCACCAUCCUUCACCAUCUUCCUCUCUACAAGGGAUCCAAAUGUGGAGUUCCCUCCAGACAUUUGCUCCCGAGUAACCUUUGUUAACUUCACUGUAACAAGGAGCAGUCUGCAGAGUCAGUGUCUCAACCAGGUGUUGAAGGCUGAAAGACCUGAUGUGGACAAAAAGAGGUCUGACCUUCUCAAACUUCAAGGAGAAUUCCAACUGCGUCUUCGUCAGCUGGAGAAGUCUUUACUGCAGGCCCUGAAUGACACUAAGGGCAAAAUUCUGGAUGAUGACAGUAUCAUCAGCCACCUGGAGACCCUGAAGAAUGAGGCAGCAGAAGUGGCACGUAAGGUAGAGGAGACUGACGUGGUGAUGGGGGAGGUGGAGACUGUGUCCCAGCAGUACGUGCCCCUUGCUCAGUCCUGCAGCAGCAUCUACUUCACCCUCGAUGCUGUCAAACAGGUGCACUUCUUGUACCAGUAUUCCCUGCAGUUUUUCUUGGACAUUUUCCACGCUGUGCUGAAUGAUGAGGCUAAGCUGGCAAAUACAAAGGACCAUACUGCUAGGCUCUCCAUAAUAACAGCCGAUCUGUUUGAGGAAACGUAUUGCCGUGUAGGACGAGGUAUGCUUCACCAGGACAGGAUCACGUUUGCCAUUCAGCUCUGCCGUAUUCACCUGCAAGGUCUAGCCAGUGAGUCUACCUAUGAUGCAGAGUUUAAUCACUUCAUGAGAAGCCAAGAGGGUCUGCUAACAGACAAACCAUCAGGUCAGCUGCCAGGGCUUUCUCCUCAACAACAAGAAGCCCUGAUCAAACUUAAGAACGUUCUGGCCUUCAAAAAUGUGGACAAAAGAACACAGAAUGAUGAGUUCAAAAAGUGGCUGGAUUCAGCAACGCCAGAAAUUGCCAACAUACAGCUGUGGGAUGAAGAAAAACCACUCACGGAGAUUGGUAAGGCUGUACACAGCUUGCUCAGCAUCCAGGCCUUCAGACCAGACAGACUGAUCGCCAUGGCUCGUAUCUUUGUGGAGAAGGUGAUGGGCAUAGGAUUUGUUCAUCUGGGAGAGAGAGAGGUGGACCUGUCCAACAUUGUGGAGAAUGAGAUCAAGUCUAACACUCCAGUGCUGAUGUGCUCUGUACCUGGCUUUGAUGCCAGUGGACGCCUGGAUGACCUGGCCACUGAACUCGGCAAACAGAUCACUUCUAUCGCUAUUGGAUCAGCUGAAGGGUUUACAGAGGCGGACAAGGUGAUCAACUCAUCCAGCAAGUCUGGUCGCUGGGUCAUGCUGAAGAACGUACACCUCGCGCCACAGUGGCUGGUUCAGCUGGAGAAGAAGCUCCACACCCUUACCCCCCACCCAGGAUUUAGACUCUUCCUCACCAUGGAAAUCAACCCAAAGAUCCCCACCAAUCUUCUGCGUGCUGGUCGUAUCUUUGUGUUUGAGCCACCUCCAGGUGUGUCAGCUAAUCUACUGAGGACUUUCAGCACUGUGCCCGCAUCCAGGAUGUGCCGAGCGCCCAAUGAGCGUUCCCGCCUGUACUUCCUGCUGGCCUGGCUACAUGCCAUAGUUCAGGAGAGGAUGCGCUAUGUUCCCCUGGGCUGGUCCAAGAAGUACGAAUUUACAGACUCUGACCUGAGAGUAGCCUGUGACGUGCUGGACACCUGGAUUGACUCUGUGGCUAUGGGCCGCACCAACCUGCCCCCAGAGAAGGUACCCUGGGAUGCUAUGAGAACCCUUCUUGCUCAGUGUAUCUAUGGAGGGAAGAUUGAUAACGAGUUUGAUCAGCGCCUGUUGACUGCCUUUGUGAACAAGUUGUUCACUCCAAAGAGCUUUGAGGGUGACUUUGUCCUGGUGGCUAACAUGGACGGCAAGGAGGGCAAGAAGAUAGUGAUGCCUGAUGGAUUCAGACGUGAGCAGUUCAUCCAGUUUGUGGAGAGCCUAGAUGCUGGCCAGACCCCUUCAUGGCUGGGACUGCCCAACAACGCAGAGAAGGUUCUCCUCACUAAUCUGGGUCAGGAGAUGAUAGGGAAGCUGAUGAAGCUACAGCUGCUGGAGGAGGAAGAUGAUUUGGCCUACAGUAACCAGCAGGCCGAGGACCGGGCCAAGGCCCUGGCUGACGGUCGCCCUGCCUGGAUGAGGGUGCUACAUGCCUCCGUCAGCACCUGGCUCAAGCUUGUACCCAAGUCUGUGAGCUCCAUGAAGAGGACAGUGGAGAGCAUCAAAGACCCGCUGUUCCGCUUCUUUGAGCGUGAGGUGAAUGCUGGAGCCAAGCUGCUGGCGGACGUCAGACAGGACCUCAAUGACAUCAUGUUAGUGUGUAUGGGAGAGAAGAAACCUACCAAUCACCACAGGCUGAUGAUGUCAGACCUGGCCAAAGGUAUCAUCCCAGUGAGUUGGAAGAGGUACAUGGUUCCUAGUGGUAUAACGGUGAUCCAGUGGGUGACAGACUUCAGUGAGAGAGUCAAACAGCUCCAGGUUAUUGUUGCUGCUACCACAUCUGGUGGGGUCAAGGAAUUGAAGAACAUCAACGUGUGGCUAGGAGGUCUGUUCAUCCCCGAGGCUUACAUCACCGCCACCAGACAGUACGUAGCACAGGCUAACAGCUGGUCCCUGGAAGAACUCUAUCUGGAUGUGAUUAUCAGUGACUCUGGCCAGAAAGCAGAUGCCUGCAGCUUUACAGUGUCUGGACUCCGACUGCAGGGUGCCGUGUGUAAGAACAACAAACUGCAGCUGGCCACGGCCAUCUCUACACACCUUCCUGCCACCAUGCUGAAGUGGAUCAAGAUUGAACCUGGUAAAGACCUCAAGCAAGGGAAGGUAACGCUGCCAGUAUACCUGAAUGCCACUAGGGGGCAACAGUUGUUCACCUUGGACUUUGUGACAGAGGGCGUGGGAUCUGGCAAAGACCACAGUUUCUAUGAGAGAGGCGUAGCCCUCAUCUGUUCUGACCUGGGUGGAAGUGCUUAAGUGUUUAUCCAUUCCAGUGUACACAUGCCUAUCUCCUUCACAGAUUUUGAGCUUGAUUGUAAGAAGUACACCUGCUCCAAGUGGACAUUCCUGUCACCCCUCGUGCUUUAUUAUAAAUUAGAGAGUACUGUAUUUCUGUUUCACCCAUUUUCUUUUGUCAGAAAUGUUCUAAAGGUGAUUAACCAGUUGUCUUUUUAACAAGAACAGGUUCUAAACAGCAGGCUUGAUGGAUUAGUUUUCCACUAUAUUAUAUACCUGCGUAUAGUGUUUCUGUAAAUAACUUUCAAUUGAUAAUCUAGCUGGUAACCUGUUUUAAGUAUUUUGUUUGUUUUUUUGGGAUGGGAUGGUGGUGGAAAUCAUUGAGCUGUUAAUGAAGAGACAAGUGUGUCUAGCUGAACAUUGGAUAACCUCCAAUAACACAGGAUAGAAGUCUCUGUUAACGUAAUGGACAUCAAAUUAUCUCCCUUGAUGUUCAUGUCCCUCACAGUAAUACGUCGUCUUCAGACAAGAUUUACAUGUACUGUAUUUAGAAACAAAUUUUUAUUUACUCUUCAGCAAAUUUCUAAAUAUAUGUUAAAUUUUUAAGUAGUUAAAUGGGCAGUGGUAUAUUGGGUAUUUAGUGCAAGCUUUUACCAUUUCAUGAUUGGCUUUCCCAAGUAAUUUCUAUAUCUCGUGAAAUAUAUGUAAUGUAAAACUCAAUAAGGUGUAGUACUGUUUUGGGUUUACUAAUUGGCUCCCAAGAAUAAAGCUUAUGUCUGAAAGAUGGUGUUAUUUUGUGGGGGUUUUUUUUCCUAUGAUCCCAAUUUUUGGAUGGCUAGAACACUGUCUAUAGGAGGAAUCCCCGGACUUGGACAGGGUGUUUGUUGAUUCCCUGCUUUUA